CUCUUCAGACCCAACGUACACAUUUGUGCACCUUCGGUUUUAACUACAUAUCUCACUUAAUUUUUGAAAAUGCCGAAUAAAGACCUAAGGUUAUCAUUUGUGCACCUUUGUGUUUUCCAAUUUCUAUAAGAGAUGGCGAUACUAGUCUUUAUUUUAGUAGUUUGAAAGUACUAAAGACGAAAAUGGCGAACGCUACAAGUCGUCGAAAAAAAUAUCUGUCUUGGGAUGAGAUUGAACAAAUUAUGAAUGAAAGUGACGAUGAAUUGUCUGACGAUUUAAGUGAAAAUUCUGAGGAGUUAUUAAUUGAUGAUCCUCCAGAAAAUAGUAUAGAAGAGGAUGAUGAUAGAGAUUUGACCCAAGAUAACGUAACGUCAGAAUAUGUAGAGGAGCCAUGUGAAAAUAUAGCGGGACCUUCUAACCGGCCUUUGAAGUGGAAAUCUAACAAAAUGGUUCUACGCGGACCAAUGAUUGAUGAUGAUGAUCUAAAAGCUGAUUCUAAUGUCAUGAUCAGCCCUUUGGAAUCGUUUUUGGAAUAUUUAAAUGAAGAUUUUUGGGAACAGGUAUCAGCAGAAACGAAUUUAUAUUCUGUACAAACACGCAAUCAUCGCUCUGUAGAUACUACCAAAUUUGAAAUUAUGAAACUUGCUGGUAUACAUAUACUUAUGGGUACUUUGAAAUACCCUCAAGCUAGAUUGUACUGGCAAAAAAACUUAUCUAUACCAUUGAUUGCCGAAACAAUGUCACGUGACAGAUUUUUUGAAAUUCGUAAGUAUAUUCAUUUUGCUGAUAAUACCAUGGAGCAUACUGCAGAUGAAAAGCUAUGGAAAGUAAAACUUAUAACAAAUGCCGUUAAAGAAAAGUGUUUGUCACUGCCUCGUCCAAACCACGUAUCAUUGGAUGAGCAAAUGAUACCUUUCUCAGGACGUUGUGGAUUUAGACAGUAUGUACCGUCUAAACCAAAUCCACUUGGCAUAAAAAAUUUUGUUUUGUCUGCUCGAGAUGGCCUUGUUCUUGAUUUUCAAAUAUAUCAUGGAAAAGGCACAGUACCGCCUGAGGAUUUGAAGGAACUUGGUUUAGGCGGUGGCAUUGUAAAGUUGCUGUCUGAAAGUAUCCCAAGAAACUCAAAUCGGGUGAUUUACACUGAUAGGUUUUUUACAGGAAUUAAAUGUGCUGACUAUUUAUUGAGAAACGGUGUGUACCAGACGGGUACAAUUAUGAAUAACAGACUUGGAGCAGCAGGGAAAAAAAUCAAUCGUGAUAAAGAUAUUCGACGUGGAGAUUGGGAUGAAAGAGUGAGAGAAGACAAUGAAAUGUGCAUAGUGAGAUGGAAAGACAAUAAAUGUGUCNUUAUUAAUUCUGAUCCGGUUCAACUGUUAAUUUUCAUCAUCUUCUGUUUUUAUCAUCACAAUCUUCAAUUUGUCAGUAUUCUUUAA